AUGCAGAUUCACAAAAGAAAAACGCCAGUCGCCAUUGCAUUCAGAGAUGGGGAACCAUUUGGUGAACAAGCUGUCUCUACUGGUGUCAGGUUUCCGGACAAGAGCUACUCUCACUUCCUCGACCUGUUGGGGAAGGAGAGGAACAGCCCUGUGGUGAAGGAAUUUGAGCGUCGCUUCCCAUACUACCAGUUAGAGGCCGACCCCAAGACUGGCGGUGUCUUGUUCAGGCACCCAGAGAACAUGACCUUCACCCCUGAAGAACUGCUAGGCAUGAUUCUGGCCCACGCGAGGGAGUUUGCUUCAAAUGCUGCUGGGCAGACAAUCAAGGAUGUGGUGAUCACAGUUCCUGCAUUCUUCAACCAAGCAGAAAGGAGAGCACUUGCUCAGGCUGCUAACCUUGGGGGCCUCAAGCUGCUUCAGCUCAUUGGAGCCAACACUGCUGCUGCGCUGAACUACGGUGUUUUCCGCCGCAAGGAGUUCAACGACACGCCGGUGCACAUUCUGUUUUAUGACAUGGGUACUGGCAGCACCACGGCCACCAUUGUGGCCUACCAGACUGUCAAGACCAAGGACAAGAUUCUUGCCGAGCACGUGCCUCAGCUUUCCAUCAAGGGUGUCGGGUAUGAUCGUUUCCUGGGUGGCCUGGAGUUCAAGCUGCGAUUGGGCGAACGGUUCGCUCGGGAAUUCAGCGCGCUCAAGAAGACGAAGCAGGAUGUGUUUGACAACAAGCGUGGCCUGGCCAAGCUCUUCAAGGAGGCCGAUCGUGUCAAGAAAGUCCUAAGUGCCAACACUGAACACGUGGCCCAGGUUGAGAAUGUCAUGGAAGAUGUGGACUUCAAGCACCCCAUCACCAGGCCUGAGUUUGAGGAGAUCUGCGAUGACCUGUUCAAGCGUGUGUCUGCACCUAUCCACAUGGCUCUGUCAUCUGCUGGCAUGACAUUGGGUGAAAUCGACCAAGUGAUAGUGGUGGGUGGCAGCACCCGCAUUCCGCGUGUGCAGCAAGAGUUGCACGCUGCUCUGGGAAGCAACCGGGAACUGGGCAAGAGCAUCAACGCAGAUGAGGCAGCAGCGCUCGGCGCGGCCUAUCAGGCCGCCUACCUCAGCAAAGGUUUCAAGGUUAAGCUCUUCCAGGUCAAGGAGGCCAGCCUGUUCCCCAUUCAGGUGGACUUCAGCCGAGAUGUUGACACGGAUGGCGUCAAGAGCACAAAGGUGGUGCGACGUGUGUUGUUCAACAGGAACAACCCUUAUCCGCAAAAGAAGGUCAUGACUUUCUCCCGCUACACGACGGACUUCGACUUCGACGUCAACUACGGAGACCUUAGCUUCCUGCCCAACGAAGAGCUGGGAAAAUCUUUUGCCGAAGUGGUGCAACAGGGGGCAGCACCACGACGGCAUCAGGCGGCCGCCCAAGGCGUAUGCACCGUGAAACGCAUGGAGUCCCCAUUGUACGACAUCAUCGUGGGAAAUGUACCCGAUCACGUCAGGCUCAUGACCCAGAUUCAACGGGAAGAGAGACUGGCUGCAGCGGAAUUGGAUUCGGACAGCACGACCCGU